GGAUGCUUUAAGGCAGGCUGGAUUCUCCUGGUGUUCCCCCUUUUUCACCCCCUAUAUUAUUUUAAGUCGUGUAAAAAGGUAAAAAUAGCAUUUACUCUCUCAGAAUAUUUGUUGAAGACUAACAGAUACAGCAGCUUUCUUCAGGAAGGCUUAAAAUGGAAGAUUCGGUUUCGAAGACCUACUUCAGCCUCGCUUAAAAUUGGAGCUUGGAGCUCAGACUGCAGAUGUUGUGAUGCUGCUGGCAUAGGGGAGAAGAGGAAGAGAAUGCGAUUGUGAGUCCAGGCAGGUAGGAGGAUAUACAGUGGUACCUUGGUUCUCAAACUUAAUCUGUUCCAGAAGUCCGUUCUUAAACCGAAACCGUUCUUAAACCGAGGUGUGCUUUCCCUAAUGAGGCCUCCCGCCACUGGUGCCCUUCCACCAUUCGGAUUCCAUUCUUAGACCGAGGUAAAGUUCUCAAACCGGGACACUACUUCUGGUUUUGGGGAGUCCGUGAACUGAAUAGUUCAUAAACAGGGCUCUUCUUAAACCGAGGUACCACUGUACAGCUAUGGCCUCCCUCUGAGCAGGCACCACUCUGGUGAGACAGUCUGCCGGCAGGGAGGGUCUCAUCCUGCGUACCAGAUGGAGCUGCCCUGGACACAGAAUGGACCUUGACCUCCAUGGACAGCUGUGAGUCCAAAAUGACUCCCAGGCUGUGCACCUGGUUCUUCAGGGACACAGUUACCCCAUUCAGGACCAGGGAGUCCCCCACACCCACCCGCCUCCUGUCCCCCAAAAACAGUACUUCUGUCUUGUCAGGAUUCAACCUCAGCUAGGCUGAAAACAGGGAGGGAGGGAGGGAGGGAGGGAGGGAGCUCUGACGGGAGCGGGGCGGGGGGAGAGAGUCAGGUGAGAAAGCCCCUUCCAUUCAGCAGCUCCUCCUCUUUCAUUUAAACCCAUUUGGCUAAGCUGCUGAGUUAGGGAUGUGAGCGGCCUUAUCUGGCAGCAAGUGCAGUUUCUUCCCGAUGAGCUCCAGGCUGAUUAGAAUCAGGCUCCUGCUAAGCCCCACGUAAGCCUCUGAAAUGAAGACAAGCAUGUCUGGGGCGUCUGGGGCUAUGGGGAUGCCGGGAGCGCAAGCUGGAUGGCAAAAGAGAAAGGAGGAAGGAGGAGGAGGAAGGUGAGAUCUGGAGGGCGGGCGCUGUUGCUGCUGCCGCCUUCGCUAGGGAGAAGUCAGGGCUCACCGGGGGAGAUGCCCUCUCCUCCCCUGACUCUCCCCCCCAGCAUAGGUCAAUCACCCUCCUCUGAAAUAUGGGUCCUGACUUGUGUAGCAUUAGCUUCAGGGUCCACUGGCGUCCCUGCUCUGAGGGAGAGCUGUGGGGCCCUGCAGAGAACCCCAAUGCCAGAAGAAUCCGCCAAAGUCCUAAGACCUUUUGCGGCCCCCCCUCCCAAAGCUGCCACUCAAGGUCCCACCUCCUUGUGGAGCCGCCUCUGUCCCAACCCCCUCUGCAAAGUGCUGUGUCUCAUGGACACCUUGCGUGUCCCACCCCCCUUGACCCACUGCCGGAUUUACGUAUAAGCUAAACAAGCUCUAGCUUAGGGCCCCACUCUCUUGAGGGCCCCCAAAAAAUUUAAGGGGAAAAAACUGGAUGUGCAUUUCCAAAAUAUAAGAUAAAACCUACACACGGCAACAGUGUUUUGUGUUGUGUAGGCUGUGUUGUGUUGAGAGACAGUGUGGUGUAGUGGUUAAGAGCAGUGGACUCAUAAUCUGGUGAACCGGGUUUGCUUCCCCGCUCCUCCACAUGCAGCUGCUGGGUGACCUUGGGCCAGUCACACUUCUCUGAAGUCUCUCAGCCCCACUCACCUCACAGAGUGUUUGUUGUGGGGGAGGAAGGGAAAGGAGAAUGUUAGCUGCUUUGAGACUCCUUAAAGGGAGUGAUAAAGUGGGAUAUCAAAUCCAAACUCCUCCUCCUCCUCCUCUUCUUCCUCUUCUUCAAUGAUGUAAGUUAUGGGUCCCGCCUGCUAGCCUGCUCCCUAAAAUAUUACUGGUUUGCUCUUAUUAUUUCAUGUUAUAGCAAGUUUCUAGAGACCAGAUUAUGAGUCUUUGUAAAUUGUGUUUCGAAAGGAACUUUUGUUAUUGCCAAAUGCCAAUGGGUUUGCAUUAUUAAGUUUGUUAUGAAUAAAAAAAUCAUUUCAAGUUAGAGCUUAAUAAUUAUUUCACUAUUAAUAUACUUCUUAAUUGUAUUUCACUAUUUAUAUACUUCUUAAUUGUAUUUCAGUUCAACAAUUACUUUGAUAAAAAAAUCAUAUUUUGUUAUGUGCAAAUGGCUUUAGAUACCUAUGAGGUCCAUAAAUGACCAUAUAGCAUAUAUUCAACACAACAAAAAACAGUGACAAUUUGUUGUUGACAAAGGACAGCUGGACAAAGAAAGGGACCCAUUACCUUCAGUAGCUCAGGGCCGCAUCAAACCUCAAUCUGGCCCUGCCUUGACCACCCAGACGACAUCCUGAUCCCAUUGAGGAGUCCAGACCUGGUGGUGGAGUAGCAGCCUUCUGUGGCUCACUUAGGAAGCCCCAGAAGAUGCACCAGUAGCCAUGGCCCAGAGAGGAUGGAGGUAAGGAGAGAAGGUUGUCUGGAGAACAGCCCCAGGGCUGACACUCUCAAGGCUGCCUUUGGAAAUGGCACAUGCUCAGCAGUUCAGUGUGGCUAACGUGGAUCUGAACCAGACCUUCAUCUGUGAAAGGCAGGGGGGAGCCCAGUCCUCUGAGGCCUCCCAGUGGCCCACACUUCCUCCUCAGUUAAACUGAUAGCCUCCUGGCUAGGAGCCACCAAUAGCCUCUUGGUGGGGAACAGGGGCUCCUGGAGUCCCAUUAUGGGGUGAGAAGCACAUAACACCCGACCUCAGGAAGAAGGUCCUCUUCUUUCCCUUUGCUGACGUGGGUGGCGCUGACAUCUAAACCACAGAGCCUCUUGGGCUUGCUGAUCAGAUGGUCGGCGGUUCGAAUCCCUAUGACGGGGUGAGCUCCCGUUGCUCGGUCCCUGCUCCUGCCAACCUAGCAGUUCAAAAGCACGUCAAAGUGCAAGUAGAUAAAUAGGUACCACUCCAGCGGGAAGGUAAACGGCGUUUUCGUGCGCUGCUCUGGUUCGCCAGAAGCGGCUUAGUCAUGCUGGCCACAUGACCCGGAAGCUGUAUGCCGGUAAAGCGUACUCGGCCAAUAAAGCGAGAUGAGCGCCGCAACCCCAGAGUCGGCCACGACUGGACCUAAUGGUCAGGGCUCCCUUUACCUUUACCUUAAGGGGACUCUCAAUGACCCACCUGGCAAACCACAGAGUGGGGAAAAUGUGUGGAGUUUUGUACUGCUGGUUUUCUAAGGCAGUUAAAUGACAACAACCACCACCUGUAAAUACCUGCAUAAAAAGUUAAUCCCUUGUUUUCCAGCCACAUCUUAAUAUUGGCGGACCAGCCUGACUGUCAGGACAUGAGAGUGCCUCAUGGAGAGAGAUCAGGUCCUACCUUCUUAUCAUUGCUCCGGUGUUUUAUAUCGUUAAGAUUAGUUAAGGGUCAUGUUCCUCUUGCAGGAGAGAUCUGCGGAAAGAACUGUGGGGUCUUCUCGAAGCUUCCUUCAUCUCCCACUCUGCCCGAGUUUGCCAUCGUACUACCUUCCAGGCUCCCCCUCCCCCCAGGCUUAUUUUGGGCUAUUGUUUAUUUAUUUGUCAGGGCUGGGUAACUCUUUUAAAGAGAAAUCUGUUUUCUCCCUCGCUCUGCCAUCCUGUCAACUUCAAAUAUUAAAAUUUAACCGAGGUGGUACAUGGCUGCCUUUCUUCCGCACGGUGC